UACAGAGCAUGAAUCAUUCAAUGUUACGGGCGAUGGUCACCGACGCGACGUCUAGGCCGUUCGGCAUAAGGUCGAACGAUAGUAGUAGCACGUCGACUGCGUGAGCAAACAGUGCGUGUCAGAGAUUUCUUCCAGUUUUUAACCGAUCGCGACGACAAUUCGGCAGCGGCGCAGCGGGCAACAACGAAUAUGAGAAUCAGGACGUGUCUGAUCACUGUGAUUGUGGUUUUAUUUGUUUUCGCAGGCACAGACGGCCGGAAAACCAGCGGACGAAGGAGCAGCAGUAGCGGAGGAUGGGGCUCCUCCUCUCGGCGGGGAGGCGGUACGAAAACAACUGCGCGGCCCUCACAAACGAACUCGAGCCCGGGUAAAAUAGGAUGGAACGUACCACCGAGCACCAACAAUAAAGCACCCAGCACCGGGACCAGCAAUGCCAAGCCGUCGGCUCCGGUAUCCGAGCACGCUUCCAAGACUAGCGCGUCCAAUGUCCAAUCGGGAUAUCCAUCAGGGAAUCCGCCGCCGUACAGUCCAUCGGGCGGAUAUCCUCGGCAGCCCGCCAGCAACCCCUACGGCGGCCCGGGCUACAAUCAGGGCGGCACGGGCUACAAUCAGGGCGGCACAGGCUACAAUCAGGGCUACCCGUCCUACAACAAUCCUUCGUACCCCGGCGGCCACUCGCCGUACGGUCAGGCUUACAAUCCGUCUAUGCAACAUAACGCGCCGCCGGCCUACAGUCCGUACCCCGGCGGACACUCCUACGGUGGUCACGGCGGGCAGUCAUACGGCCAGCCGUCCUACGCCCAACCGUCCUACGUUCAACCGGCUAUCGCACAAGCGCCGGCGCUCACCGUCCUGCAACCAAGCCGGCCUGGUAUCGGCCAGCUGGCCAAGGAAGCGCUGGUCUAUUCCAGCGUGAGCGCGGGCGUCAGCGCGGCCGUCAACAGAUUGCUACCAGGUGGUAUCUACGGCAGAAGUCCGGGAUACAGCAACGGCGCCGGUGCCGCCGGCGGUGCCGCACCGAGCCACACCGAGGUCACGUAUAAUAAUUAUUAUUACAAUCAGUCGAACCCGGCUAACGGGGAAGCGCCCGCUAACUCGGCGGCUGCGACUAUAAAUAACGGGGGUGCGCCCGCUAACUCGAACGCGCCCAGCUCCGUGACGCCGCUCCAGCCGCCACCGGAAGCGGAUAAGAAAGCCGAAGCGACCAGCAAUGCCAAUUCGCCCAGCCCCCAGACAGAUAGUAACCCGAGCCAACCGAACUAUCCGAUUUCCAACGACGAGGUGAAGAAGCUGGCGGAAAGUCUCUUCGAGGUGGAUAAGAACAACGCGUACAAGUACAUCACCGUGAACCUGCAGGGCGAGACGAAGGAGGACAGCACCGCGGAUGACGCUCCUCUGCCUUUACUGGACGUCAAACCGGAGGCGUACGAGAUCCCGACGAUUAAAAGCGUGCUGGCGCUGCAAGAUAAUUAUGAGAUGGACGUAAAAAAGAAGGAGACCGUCACGCCCGAGGAGCGAAAGGAGGAAGCGGAGCUGCUCGACAGGUUCCUGGAGACCGACGUGUUUAAAACGAUGAUGAAGUACCUGGCUGACAAGGAGUUCGUUCUGAACGACGAGUACGAGUUUAAGGACACCCUGAAACGGAUCUGGUUCUCGCAGUUCCAGCGAGUGGAGGGAGAGCCGUCCAGUUCCGGCUUCGAGGCGGUGUUCGUCGCGGAGAAGCUCGACUCCUACAUGAUCGGGCCGCAGAAUUGGAUUUACUACGCCAAGCAGGAAGAGCAGAAGAAUCUCGACUAUCGCGGAUACAUAAAGGAUAUCAAAUUAGCGGACAAGGGAGAAGCUAUCAAGAUACGUACAGCGUUCAAUGUACCUGACACGAAGCAUUCGAUCACGACCCUUCUCGUCGGGCUCUCACCCGAGUUGGAGAUGGCUCUUUACACAAUGUGUUUCUACCUGCGCCCGAACGACGUUUGUCCCAUUUCAUUGGGCGGAAAGGACGUCAACCUGGUUUCUACCAGAUUCAACUACUUCGGCAAAGAUAUUUUGAUCGCCGGCUUUAUCGCGGGAUGAAUUGCGGAUUAGAGCCAGAGCCCUUUUGAGAUUCUCUAUAAGUUGUGCGAUGAAAAAUUUAAAUACACACUUAAGGAGAACGUUCGGACAAAUGUUAUGUCAAAAUAACUCAUAAAACAAAAUUUUUAUGUUUACAUACUGCUUUUAGUUUAAUAUAUAUUUAUCCAGCAUGAUAUUUUAAGGUGAAUUUCGUGUUUCUGUCCAUCUACACACAUAUCGAACAUGUACAAAUUUGUGUCAGGAAAAAGAAACCAUGCACGAUCUCUCUCUUUCUCAUGGAUCACAUAAAUUUGUUCUUUAUUGUAAUAAAAUCGGAAGGGACGCAGCUACGAUACAAACCUCAA